UUUGGUUCGUGUUUCAUAAUUAUGCUCGUUAAUUAUGUAAUAAUACUUUCAAAUAUCGUUUAGUUCGUGUUCGAAUUCAAAAUUCUCUCGACAAUAUCGUUUGUGACUCUAGUGACUGUAGAAAUCAGCGUUUCGAGUAACCACCGGUGCAGCCUUUCAGUGGAGUCAAAUCCGGCGGAAUUCAUCAACAUUUUUGUGAAAUGAACUUCCUACAGUUUCCUAUCUCAAAUUUGAGUAAUAUUCGUUCGUGUUCGUUGGUGUGCUGUACUCCAUGUAGGGGUCGUGGCUUCUUGUGGAAUAUUCGUGUUCGUGGUCGAUGGAAACGUGCUCUUUUUGAUCGUCAGUUUGUGGUCCAGUGAACUGGAAUGAAUCCAAUUCAUUUGUAUUUUCCAUUUUCUGGCGACAGAUCAAGAUCAAUCAUUAUGCGUUGAAGUUGAGCACGUUCUCCCAAAACUAUGGGUAAAAGGAAUUCCAAGCUCAAGCAGGAUACUAUCGAUAAAUUGCUCGCCGAUACGUAUUUUUCGGAGAAGGAAAUCCGUCAGUGGCACAAAGGAUUCCUAAAAGACUGUCCGAAUGGUUUAUUAACGGAAGAGGGGUUUAUCAAGAUAUACAGGCAGUUUUUUCCACAAGGAGAUCCCACCAAAUUUGCUUCAUUAGUCUUUCGAGUAUUUGAUGAGAAUAACGACGGCUCAAUAGAAUUCGAAGAAUUUAUUCGAGCUUUAUCCAUUACGUCCAGAGGAAAUUUAGACGAAAAAUUACACUGGGCAUUUAGACUGUACGAUGUGGAUAAUGAUGGUUUCAUAACACGCGACGAAAUGUACAAUAUAGUCGACGCCAUAUACCAAAUGGUGGGCCAGCAGCCCCAAGCCGAGGACGAGAACACGCCGCAAAAACGAGUAGACAAAAUAUUCGAUCAAAUGGAUAAAAACCACGACGAUAAACUAACGCUGGAAGAAUUCCGCGAAGGUAGCAAAGCAGAUCCUAGAAUCGUUCAAGCGCUUUCAUUAGGCGGAGGCGACGCAGCCAUAGCCACCGCUUCCGUAUCCAAUUCCUCAAACGCAGAUCGAACUGCCACUUCGAAUCAUUGAUCAUUACCUAAAUGAUCGAUAUAGUAUGUACGAGUAUUAAACCCCCGAGAAGAAAUGUAAAAAAAAAAAAAAACGAUACCGCAAACGCAGCUCAGCUCAACGUAUUGAAGAAAAACCAGCAGCAGAAGCAAAAUAUAAGGAAAAUGCAAGCUGUACCGCUCUUCCCCGCGCCCCGCACCGCAGCUCAGCCCCGCAUCGUUAAAAAUUUAAUUGGAAAACGGUUCGUUCAAAAGAUACCAUUAUUAUUAUGUUCGAAAAGGUGUACUUUUUCAAUUUUUUUUUCUCUCCCCCUCGACUCGAAAGCGCCAGAAAUUACGUGAUAACUGCGCUAGGUAAAGUGAAAUUAUUUUCGAAAAUUUCAACCUACCUUUUCAUCAGCUGGAAAAUUUAAUAGCGCGAAAUCAAAGCUCCUUUGUAAUUUUUUUCUCUCUUUUUUUUUUUAAUAAUCGCAAUUUUACGGUCCUUUUCUCGCUCUUUUUUUACGCCUCUUUUACAUCAUUAUAUACGUACUACGUAACGUAACGUAAUUAAUAAGUAGUUAAUAAAUUUAUUUUACUCGAAGGUACUUUCCCCUUUAUUUUACCGUGCCCUUUGCUUUUUCCCUUUUACACUGUUGCUAUAUUUUGUAUAAUGUAUUUUAUACCUACCUGACCUUAUAUUGGUAUUGGUGAUUUUUUAAAGCUAGCUUGAUACGAGAUUUAUUCGUCGUUUUACUCUUUAGACCAAAUGGAUUUUUUUGUUGAUUUUUUUUACGUUUUUUUUUCUCUUCACCUUGAAAAAAGUAUUACUUUACGUAUAUUUUUACGUGUUAAUUUUAAGAAUUUAUUAAGUGUAGGCAAUUGUAAAGUACCUAAAAGAAAAACAAAAAAGUUACGAUGGCGAUAAAUUUCUCAACUAUUUUAUAAUUUUCUUUUUUCUCUCAUUUGGGUAUCCUUACCUACUUUAUUUUUAGUUUUAAAGAUAUAGAAAAAAAAAUGAAUUUAUUUCAACCCUGAUUUUUUGCUCAAAACUCUUACAUACUUUGAUGUCUCAGUUCGAGGUAUGUAAUUUUUUUCUUUUUUCUCUUUUAAUUUUUUUUUCUCCUUUAUUGUUUAGAAAUUGAAUUUUGUAUUUUUUAAGUGUUCUUGGCUGGAACGGGAAUCGGUAUAAUUAUUCGUAAUUUAUUGUAAGUUAUAUAGGAUCGGUUUGUUAUCGAGGGCCACAUCAUUUAUGUAGCGUUCUCUCCGUCCAUUAGGCGUUAUUAUGUACUGUUAUGUUGAUGAAAUGGUGAAGAAGAAAGUGAUUGUGUCUACUAAAUGCAUCUAUAUAAGUAUUUUUCUAUGUUUAAAAUAACAACAACGUGGGCAAUAUUUGUCUGUGAAAUGUAUUUGUAUACAGGGUGUCCAAUAAUGGAGAAGUUGAUCGAGAAUGUGUAAAACAGUCUUUUUUUUAUGUUGAAUUUUUCGAUUUUUGGUGCAUUUUUGAAAAGCAAAGGGCCAAAAAUGGAGGAAAAUUCAAAAUUUUACCAAAUUGACCUAGAAAGCUGAAAUUUUGCGGGUUUUCUCAUUUUCGAUCCUACUAAUUAAUUGGGAACGAUUUCGAACCGUUUUGAGCAGUUCUGGAGCCUCCAGCAGAUUUUUGAAAGUUUCAAAAUUUCCACGAAAUUUUACCCAAUGAAGGUGAAAAGCUAAAAUUUAUUUUAAUGCCAUAAUUUCAACAUGCCGAGUCGAUUGGAAGUGAUUUCAAACCGUUUUGGAGCCUCCAGCCGUAUUUUAGAAAUUCCAGAUUUUCAAAAAGUGUCGUGAAAAGCGUCCAAAUGAGCUGGAGCUCCAUCAGAACUGCGCAAAACGAUUUCAAAUUAUUUCUUAUCUAUUUAGGAGGUCAAAAUUAAAGCAUUUAUGCUAAAUUUCAGUUUUUUAGGUUAAUUUGAUGAGAUUUUGAUUUUUCUUCCAUUUUUAGCCUAAAUUUGAUUUUCAAAAAUUCGUCAAAAAUCGAAAAAAGGCUCUUUAGCACUUGAAAUUUUGACAAAUGAUGUAUUUUUGUUCGCUUCGUUCCGGUUGAAUUUUUUUUGCGAGUGAGGAUGCCUUCCUUGUGAGUCGAAAAAAAAUUCAUGAAUGAUGAGUGAUGAGAUUUUAUGUGGGCCCUUCUUUUGGGAAUUUAGUUUUGGUUGAAUGAGUUCCGGAAUCAGAAUUAAAGUCUUCAAAACUUCACAAUUGAAAAUUUUGAUCCCAAAACUUCCUCUGAGGGCUAAAUUUUGAUUUCAGAAUAGAAUCAGUGACUUCAAAACCCUAUAAUUCGAUGUCUUUGUUGCAUUUUUCAAAAUUUUGGGUCCUAAGAUCACUUCUCAGGAGGCUAAUUUUGAUUUUGGAUUUCAAAAUCAGAACCAGCACCUCAAAUAAUCUGUAACUUGAUAUCGAUAUUGCAUUUUUUUAAAUUUCCGAUUUUGGCCCUCCUCUUUCUGGGGCUUGAAUUCGAUCUUGGGUUAAAAUAUUUUUGAAUCUGGUUUGGCCUCCUUGGAGGACCAUAAAAUUAAAUAGUCAUAUUGAAUUAUUUUAAAUCUGCGAGCGGCAGGUUCCUCGGAGGAGGGGGGGGAGGAGAGUGAGUUUGAUUUCGGCGUGAAAGUGAUUAUUUCAUAAUUUGGUUCAGCAUCUUUUAAACCUUAUACUUUGAUACCAUGUUUAUUCUUUUUGUAAAAUUUUCGGGUCCAAAACUGUCAAGUAGGGUUGGAGUGUGGGGGGGGGGUGAAUUUUUGAAUUUCAGAAUUUCAGACUCAAAAGCAGUGCCUAAGUUCAAAAAUCCAUAAUUUCAUUGCAUUUUCUAAAAUCGGGACUCCCAAGCCCUCCCUCUAAGGGCUCAAUUUUGAUUUUGGGGCCAAAAGAUUUGGAAUUGGUGCCUUUAAAAACCUAUAAUUAUUCGAUUUUCAUGUUUCAUUUUUUGAAAUUUUUGGCCCCGAACAACCAUCCUCUUCAUGGGGGGGGGGGGGGUCAGUUUUGAUUUUGGUGUGAAAAAGAUUUCAAAAAACCUACAAUUCCUUAUCUCAUUAUCUGUAUUGAAUUUUUGGAAAUUUUGGACCGCAGCCCUCUUGGGGGGGGAUUUUGAUUUUGAGGUCCAACAAGUUUUGAAUUUGGUGCACCAAGUCCCCUUAGAAGGCACAAUAAUUUUGACCUUGGGGGAUAAAAAAGGUUUCAGGAUGGGGAUCAGUGCAUUCAAAGCAGUAAAAUUCCACAUUAAAUAAGUUAUAUUGUAUUUUUCCAAAUUUUAGGCCCUAGGAUUGCCUCAAGGAUGAGGGGGGGUCUCAAUUUUGAUUUUUGAAUUUGAUGUCAAGCAGAUUCCAGCAUUAGAAUUGGCAGCUUCAAAAACCUUGCACGUUUUCAUCCCCAAUUAUCCAUAUUGUAGGUCUUUUUUGAAAUUUUGGACUCCGUAACCUCUUGUUGCGGGGGGGGAUGGUCAAUUUUGAUUUUAGAGCCUCAUCGGUUUUGAAAUCAGAAUCGACGCCUUCAAAAAUCUGCAAUUUUUAACUCACAAGUAUCGCAUUUAAAAAAAUUUGGACCUCGAGCCCUCUCGAAGGGUACAAUUUUGAAUGAGGGGGUGGGGGGGUUAAACAUAUUUCAGGAUAUGGAUCAGCUCAUUGAAAAAAAAACAACAGUAAUUUGAUAUUCAUGAGAUAUUGUAUUUUUCAUAAUGUUGGGCGCCAGGAUCGUCUCAGGGAUGAAAGGUGGGGGGGGUCCAAUUUUGAUUUUGGGAUAAUGCGUUUUAAAAUCAGAAUCAACCAUUUAAAAUUGAUACAUUCGAUAGAAUCCAUAUUGAAUUCGCCAAAAUCUUGGACCCCAAGCUUACUCUCAUGGGGUGGGGGGGGGUGUUGCUCAAUUUUGAUUUUGGAGUGGAACGGAUUCUAGAGUUUGAAACAGCAUCCACAAAAACCUAUAAUUUGAUACCCAUAUCACGUUUUUCAACUGUUUGAAAUUUUUUUCAUCCCCACCCCUCAUUUUAGGGCGAAUUUUUUGAAAAUAUUUUUCAAAAAUGCGAAUUGAUAGGUCGUGUGACGUAUCGUUUGUUUUUGUUUUGGGACGUUAAGUUCGAAUGUAAACUCAUUUUUGAGGUUCAAACCACAAAUCUUAUUGAUGAUGCUAUUUCUGAAAUAACAAAUAAAAUAAAAACAGUUUAUAACUUUAGCACUACAGAAAAAAUUCUUCCAAAGUUUAAAUGGCAAGUCCCUUUACGUAUUUUAAAUCUUAUAAAAAUAAAAAAUAAAGUAAGAAAAGAAUGGCAGCAAUUGAGAAACCUAGAAACUAAAACUAAAUUGAAUCGCUGCAUUCGUGAAAUUAAAUUUGAACUAUUUAAAUUUCGUAAUGAAAAAUUCCAAAGUUUCCUUUCUAAUAUACCAAUCAACAACUCUGAUAUCUGGAAAGCUACAAAACAAAUAAUAAAAUUGCCUCAAGAUAUCAGUUCUAUUUGAGACACCGCAGAGUGUACAUCUCCUAAACUUUAUAUAAAAUGCCAGUAAAUAAAUAUGAUGAUGAUGAUGAUGAUUUUUGAGGUACAACCUCCCCUUACUCUCAUGUGGUGGGGGGGGGAGGUUUUAAAUUUUGAUUUUGGAGUGGCACGGAUUCAAGAAUUUGAAACAGCAUCCACAAUACCCUAUAAUUCAAUGCCCCAUAUCACUUUUUUCAAUUGUUUGAAAUUUUUUUCAUCCCUACCCUUCAUUUUGGGGUGAAUUUUUCUAAAAGUAUUUUUCAAACAUGCGAAUUGAUAGGUCGUGUGACGUAUCGUUUGUUUUUGUUUUGAGGACGUCAAGUUCGAUUAUCAACUUAUUUUUGAGGUACAACCUCCUUGAACCUACCCCCCCCCCCCCCCGUCAUACGCUCCAACAAUACCACAGGAAUUCAGAAAUUACGUUACCGAAAGUUGUAUGCCUGACACAUCGUUUGUAUUGUUUAUUUUUUUUACUUUUGAAUUACGAGAUCAUCUAAGUUCAAUUUCCAAUCUGGCAAGUUGUGCACUCUUCUGUCCCCUCCCUAAAAAAAUGUUGGUCUCAAUUUAAAAAAUGAAUGGGUCGUGUAAUAUAUCGUUCGUUAUGUUUCCGGCGAUGCCGAGUUCGAAUAUCUACGUAUUUUUUGGGAUACAGCUUCCCCAAACCCCUCCUCCCUCCCGUACCCUCCUGAAUUACCCGUGAAAUUCGGGAAAUGGAACAAACUACGCGUUUUCAAUGUUUCUUUUUUCCAGAAAUUUUGUCAUUUUCGUGUCAUGAGGUCAUUUUUUUGAAUUUUCAAACCAGCACAAGGUGCACCCCCCCCCCUAUCCCAUAAUUAUGGACGAAAUUGAAAAUAAACUAAAUCCAAGACAAUUAUAACCGGCUGAGGGUGAUCAAAAACUCACAUUUUUGCUGCAGGAUAUUAUAGGACACCCUGUAUGAUUAAUGUCUAUACAAAAUUUAUAACGAAAGUCGAAAGCUCUCUUCGAACAUUACUCUUAACCUAAGUCUAGGAACUAAGUACUAUCUUAUUUUACGUCUACUAUUGUAAUAUAAGAUUCUUAUGUUUAUUUUUCUCAUUCUAAUUCUAAUUUUAUUUUUAAUUUAUUUUAUUAUUCGUUGAUCUUUACUUACUUGAUUUUUUCCUCCCUAAUAAUCUCGUUGUUUUUUUUUAACAUUAUUUAUUUUGUAAGUUAUUGUUGCUUUUUUACCUACGAGAGUAUUUUUACCUAAAUAUUCGGUAUUUUAUUUUACGACCAUUAAAAAGGUAAUUUUAUUCGUUUAUAUUUUAAUUUUUUUUCUACGCUGAAUAAUUUUUUUAAAAUAAUUUUUAUUAUUUAUUAUUACCCACCUUUACUUAUUAUUACAUACGAUAUUUUCUUUCAUUUUUUUUUCUCUUUUUCAUCGUACGUCUAAUUUUCAAUUUAAUCGCACCAAUCAGCAUUCUAAUCUCCUUCCACCCACCAAAAAAAAAAAAACGUUACCCUUAGCUUGAUCAGUCAUUUACAAUGAAAGCCUCCAUCUGUGUGCCAUCCUCAUGUCGUCUGUGUUUCUGUUUUUCAUUAUUUUUCUGAAGGAGAAUAAAAAAAUGGUAAACAUUUACGCCUUUCACUAGUUCAUUUUUGUUACAAAAACGCUAGUGACUCGUGCAGAUUUUUUACUCCCUUUUAAUGUUACUGUCAAUUAAGCAGAAAAAAAUGAAGACGAAAUGACAGAGGUUCAGAGGUUGCAGGUUGUACUCCUUUUCAUCACCCUCUGCCUACGAGACAAUUGAAAAUAUAAUAUUCUAUCUCCGCUUACCUACCUGAUCUAUUGUGUAAAAAAAAUUACGAAUGAAAUUACCUACUUUUACCUACAUUACAUUGCGUUAAUCAAUCAUUAAGGGUAUUAUUUUAUUAUUAUUAUAGUAUUUUUUUUUUCAAAUUUAAAAUAUUAUUGUACGAUAUUUCACAACGAAAGCGACGAUUUAAAGUUGCAAAUUUUUUCGACUACAUAAUUUUUAAAUUGCGGCUUGAUGAAUUUUUUGUAAUUUUUUUUUUUAUAUACAGCUGAUUCUAUUUUUCUCUAUUCGCUGAUGAAUUUCUAUUUCUAUUUUGAGAAAUUCACGCAAAUGAAGCAGUAUUGUAUUUUUUUUAUAAGUGUGUCCCCAGAUUGUCUGAACAGAGACGUGAAAUAUUGAUUGAAGUGUUUUGCCCAUCCCCUCCCCCAAUUUUUUAAUGUAUUUUUAUAACGAUCUUUGGAUUUUUUUUCUUUUUUUUGUGACUAUGUAAGGUACAUUUUUUGGCUAAUUUUGAAUAAGGCGUUUUUAUUUUUACGAGUAAUUAUAGUAAGUGUAGGUAGAUUUAUGUAGGAUUAAAGAAAAUAGAUGCAAUUUGAAAUUCGUAGAGGUAUAUUUUAAGUUACCGGGAGGAUGAAAAUAAUUUCGUAGAUGUAGUUGCUCGUAGACAAUAUAAAUUCUUUGCUCACCAAGACGUAUACUUUCUUCUGUUAUGAACAUUGUAGAAUUUAUUAUUAUUAUUAUAGGAGAGUCUGUAAUAUAAUAUUCUGUAUCUGUAGGUCUAGGUACGUUGGGUUUAUAUAUUUACCUAUUUCUUGGUAGCUGCUUUUAAAUGUGGAAAGUAAAUGAAGACGCUAUUUACGCGGUCAAAACAGAGAAAACACAUUACGACUUGAUGCUAAUUACUAUACAGAUGCAUCUUUUAGGGCCGCGUUCGGCGUAUGAAAAGUUUUUUUUAGUAUUAUUAUUGUUGAACUUUGGUAUUGUGAGGAGUUUUUCGCUACCUAAUGAGUUUUAACAGAAAUUACCCUUAUUUUAAACCUAGUCGAAUAAAGUGUUCUAAAGAGUGUAUUUUAAUCUGAUCUGAGAAUAUUAUUGUGGCGGUAUUUUUUUGGGUAUUUUUUCGAUACUUAUUUAGAGUAUGUAUAAAUUGGCGAGGAUUUGUUAAACACCGUGUAUUGGAAAAUUCUGCUGCUUCAUGUUGGCUGCAAGCUUCACUCGAAUAUACGUACGUUUUCAUGUAUGUAUAAUUUGAUGUGUAUUUUACGUUUUAAUUUGAUAUUUAUAUUUUUUUUUCUUUUUUUUCUUUCUUUAUCUUUUUGUCUUAAAUGAUAUCGAAAUGUUGUUGACGUUGAUUUAGGUUUAUUUAAAUAUUUAAGUAUAAUUUUUUGUGAUUUUAUUUGAAAAGUUGAUACCUAAAUUUAAAAUUGUUUUUGUUUUAAUAAAGCUAUGUAUACUUAAAU